AUGGCACCGGCUACAGUCAGAAGGGCGCCUUACAAGGACUUCCUGCAACCCGCGCUGCAUAGGCGAUUUUCUUCCACCGCAACGAUUUUGUUGGCGCUGUCUUAUUUCCAGGCCAUCUUGCUCUCUGGCUGGAGCUCCUACUUCUGGUCCUGGUUUCCCAUUGGCCCCGCUGGCAUUCGAGCCGUCUUUCUAUUCAUCUGCGGCCUAGCGAUUAUAGUCCUUCGCAUAUCCCAAUACCACGUCGGCUCCCGCGCCUCCAACUCCACCUUCCACGCAUUCACCAAGUCCUUCGCCAGCCUCCAGACGAUCGAAACAUGGAUGUUCUAUGGGUUCUCGAGCACUCUGUUCUCCUAUAUCUACCUCUGGGCUCUUCCGGAUACGGCGAACCUGGGACUGGUCACGUACUACAGCGGCGACCGCGCCCGGGCGAAUGAGCGAACGAUCUACUUCUUUUGCUACAUGGGCAUCAGCGCCGCUGUGCAGGCGCUAUUUCACUUCUACCACGACGAUGACAAGAUCUUGAUCGAUGUGUCGAGGUCCACGGCCAAGGUUUCUAGCGACAGCUCUGCGACUUUGAAAAAUGUGGUGGGUGAAAUUCCUGCGAUCCUCGCCCAGGCAAGCCAGAGAGCAAUGGGCAAUCUCUUCGCCUCGAUCUUUAUUUACUUCAUCAUCCUGAGAUCAUGGGUCUGGGGCUGGGCGCUUUUCUUCUUGCGACCGUUUUACAACCUUCCGAAGACCAAUAUGUUGCCUCCGACCCACCCCCUCGACAUCUGGCUCUUCCUCCGUUGCUUUAUUGCAGGCUUUCUCAUCACCAGCAUGUGGAAGACGGCGAACCAUGCUUUUUCAACCUUCAUGGUCAAGGAGCCGCUGAAGAACGGCAGGCCCCUGACUAGCGAGUCCAAAGACCCCAAUGGUUCUCUCCUGAACGGACUCAAAAGCAAGAAGUCGCAGAUUCGUUGCUUUGCUCUCUGGGAGCUGGCUUAUAUUGCCAGGAACGUCAAUGUGAGACGCAAGGCUAUUUACGAGGACAUUGAUCGUAAGGACGGUCCUAUGUGGUCUCAAAUCUUUGUACUCUGCAUGGAUGUCGUCAAGAGCAUCGAGAAAAGAAUAGACGAGUACGGGAAGCCGUUGGCUGCUCCGGCUCCUCCGGCUCAACCCGAAGAAGUGCGAGCUCGCUCGGCGGCACCUCUGAAAGAGGACCCCAUCUUUCAGAGCAAGCCGGCAAACAAGAGCAUGCGCGGCGAGGUGGAGAAGGCUCUGACCUCAGUCGGGCGACAUCCUGGCCAUUCGCCAGUGUCCCAGCUCAGCCCUAUUGCGAAGAAGACCCUUCGGAGCGCGCGGGACAAGGUCUUGAGCAAGGAGCAGCAGGAGGCCCUGUCUUCGCCUCAGUUGAAAAGCCAGAUCCAGAUUUGGGCUCUGACAGUGGUGAGAAAUGAGUACGUUGGCUGGAUCUUCCGCCAAGAGUUCCGCAACCGCCUCACCGCUGUCAUUCUCGGAACCCCAUACUCGGAGUUGAGCCAGUACAUCAACGCUAUCGAUGUGCUCAGCCUGUUCUUGGUGAACAGUCUCCAGGAGGACAAAUUCGGCAACGUUCAUAGGGACGUCGCUACCGUCAUUCGAUCUUUCACCGUCAUUAUCAACAAAAUCGAAACAUUCAAGGCCAACUUCCCAGUCCACUGGACAGACAUCCAGCAGAACAAGGCUACGCCCGAGGUGGACGCGGUCAUCUCUGCGCUGAAGACGGGCCUGGCCCAAGUCGUUGCGGAAUUUGAACCCUACGCCAGCGACUUGAAGCUGAGUCGCACGGAUAUCAGACUGGCCAAGGAAGCUUCGACCGAAGUGCCUCAGGAGGACAGAUCACGACUCCCCGAAAUGCAGCAGGCCCGUUAG